ACCUGGAUCCCAAGCAAUUAUAUUGUUAAGACUGUCUAAUUCUUUGGACUCUUUGUGGUUUAGCCCCCGGCCCAAUAGCUUGACUAGCCUCUCUCCAUAAGCACUAUGUGAUCUAUCUAUCUAUGUUCACAUCAUGCUUGGCUACAUUAAUUAUUCCAAUUGAUUACAAAAGCACAUGAUAUAUAACCAGUGGCAUCGUUGAGUUCCUAUAUAUGCAUAUAUAAUACAACAAAUACAACAACAUAAGAAGUAGUAAGUGUUACUUACAUUCAAAUCCUGUCUAGUCUAAUGGCUACCAACAAAAAGUUGGAGGGUAAAAUCGCCAUCAUAACCGGAGGAGCGAGUGGGAUCGGAGAGGAGACAGCUCGACUCUUUGCUCAACAUGGUGCUAAAGUGGUAAUUGCUGACAUCCAAGAGGAAAAGGGCCGGUUAGUAGCGGAUUCCAUCAGCUGCAAUUUCAUCAAAUGUGACGUUGCAGACGAGAGGCAAGUGGAAUCAUUGGUAAAAACAACGGUAGAAAUGCAUGGUCAACUCGAUAUAAUGUUCAGCAAUGCUGGAAUUUUUAGUACUGAUGAAAGUGAACAAGUUAUCAUAGAUUUUAACCUAGAUAGUCUAGACAAGGUAAUGAGUAUCAACGUCCGCGGAUCAGCAGCGUGUGUGAAGUACGCGGCUGAGGCAAUGGUGGAGGGAGGUGUAAAAGGGAAUAUAAUAUGCACGGGGAGCUCUGUGACAUCGACAGGGUCGUCAACUCACAUUGAUUACACAAUGUCCAAGCAUGCAGUGCUUGGUUUGGUGAAUUCAGCGAGCCUGGGAUUAGGUAAGUACGGUAUACGUGUGAAUAGUGUUACUCCUGGUGUUGUGGCUACACCUUUGUUUGAGAAAUCGUUCAAGUUGGACCCGGAGAUAGUGUUCCAAAACUUUAGUUGUUUGAAAAGUUAUGGACCUCUUAAGAGCUCUCAUAUAGCCGAUGCUGUCUUGUUUUUGGCUUCCGAUGACUCCCAGUUUGUCACCGGACAUAAUUUGAUCGUUGAUGGCGGUUUUUGCCCUCGUACUUUUUGAUCAUUUCAAAUUGGAAUAUGUUCCGGAAAUAUCUGAGAUAAGGGUAAGGUUUGGGUAUGCUCCACCAUGCUUUAUUUGUGGGAUUUCGCUGCACAUUGUUAUUGGUGUUGAAAUUGGAAUAUUGGGGUUUAAGUUGUAUCUUUUAAUUGUUGCGCUGUUGUUGGAUUUGAUAAUCUGUUCGCGAGAAUUUUCAAAUAAAAUAA